CCACCGCCUGCUUUUACGCAUAAACUAGUAUCCUUUGUUGUGACUCGUAUUCGAAGCUCAACCUAUCUACAGUACAUACACACAAAUCUCCCAUCUCACCUACACCAUGGCACCCCACGAUGCUUUUGUCGAGGUCUUUCAUAAUGCUUGCUUCGACGGUGACCUGCCAAAAGCCCAGGGAGCCCUCGCCAGCGGGCGACUCACCGUCGAGGACCUCGACGAGGGACUGAAUCUCGCCACCGGCGAGGCGCACCCGGACAUCGUGGCCGCGCUCUUUGACGCCGGCGCUCGAGUGACAGCCGAUUCGGUGAGCUUCCUUACCGGAAAGGACGGCCAGCAGCACCCGAGCGUUGUUUGCCACUAUCUUGACUAUGGUGUUGAUCCUAACUGCAACAUCUCUAACGGCGAGCCUCUCCUACGCUUUAUGAAGAAUACUGCCUGUGCUCGCGAAUUACUCUCGCGAGGCGCUGACCCCAACCGUUGCGGCCCAAAAGGGGUGACCCCCCUUGCCAGCGCCCUUGGGAGCGCCUGUGAAGAAGACACAUCUCUGUUUGAGCUGCUUCUCGCAUACGGGGCCAAGCUGGAACCCGAUCUCUUCUUUUAUGCCAUCCGUCCGCGCAUGCCUCAAGGAGAGUUCAAGACUAGGUUUCUUCUCGCCAAGGACCUUGAUCCUAACACGACCUCCGCAGAAUGGUGCACGCCUUUACACCGUGCUGUCUAUCUCGCGAAGGAGGGUAUUGUCAAACUACUGCUAGACGCGGGCGCAGACCCCACGGCUCGAUCAAACUGCAGGCAAUUCGGUGACAAAAGCCCCUCAGAAGUAGCCGAGGAGAGACUGCAACAUUAUCCUACCUUGCAGGCUACAUUUCAGACUAUAUUUGAGCUCCUUCAGUCUUAUCAUCGUUGA